AUGGAAGCACUACUGGGUUUAGGUGGUGUUGGUGGCAUCACCGGAAGCUGCGGAUGCCAAUGCGACCACUGCAAAUGUCGUCAGCCCGAUGAAACGCCUUGUCCAAGUUGUCGUCCCAUGCUCUCAACCACAAAAUCGGCAGGAGCCUCGGUAGCUUCAACGACAGGUGUCCAAACUCCAAAGUCUUCCGAUACGGCAGCAGCUGUGGAUCUGUUGAACAUUGCUUUGAAGCAGAUUCGGCGAAGAGGCGGUAUGACCGGCACGAGAAGUGAGAAUUUCUUCCAUCCCGGCGAGGUAUUAUGGGGCAAUGGUCCACCUUCGGGCCGAAUGGGUCAUGGACCCAACUUCAUGGGGGGCAGCAAUCCUUCUCUAUUUUAA